AUGUCAGGACUCACACAAACUCCUCACCAUACCUCCCUCUUCCGCUCUCAAAUUACAAACAGAAGAUUCAACGACGAAAUUCUGCGAAUUCUAGAAUCAGUUCUGGUCUUCAAAGACGUGAAAUCGCUGAUCGAAACACGAUCAGACUUGAAACAGUUCAUGAGAUCCGAAUAUCUCUCUGUUAUUCACGAAAUCAAAGAUAAAACUGUCAAACAGAAGCUUUUCACUCUCCAAUUCUUUAGUUGUUUGGCGCUGAAAUACGAGGCAUUGCUUUUGCGUGAUGUUAAGUCUAGCAGUGACCAAUCACUACAAGUUUCGUAUUUGGAAUGGCUAAAUUUUGCUCACCAUUCGCUUGAUAAUGACUUCUAUUUUAUUGCUAUACAGGUUAAGGCAAGUGAAAGAGCCGUAGCCUGCUUUCGAAAUAAGGAUGUUGCAGAUGCAAAAACAGGCGAGUUAUUUGAAAAUGCACUGAUUAUUGAAGAGAUAAAGAGGUUCAAGGACCGUGCUAUGAAAUCCGCAGCUUCAGGCUCUGUCCAGGCACAGGCGGCAGAGUACUUGAAAAGGAAAAUAGUUGAGAAGAGCAAAAUUUGUUCUUCAUUUCGCAGAGAAACAAAGAGUGCUGCUAGCACUCUGUUUAGAAAUGGAAUCAGGAAGCGGCAUGCACGUGAAUUGCGCAAACAUCAAAGUUUGCAGCAGAAUAUUGAAUUUUAA